AUGAUUGACGUUCUAAAGUGUUUGGAAAGUGAUGCAGCUUUUGAAGGAGACAAAUUAAAAUUCAAAUCACAAUCAAACGAUGAACUUGAAUCCAAAUAAAACAAUGAUCCAAUGAUGGGAGAAUUUACCAAAGAAUAAUAUAUCGAAAUUUAAAAAAUAAAUGUAAAGGAAUUGUUUCAAAUCAUGUUAAAUGAUAAAUGA